AAUGAUCUCUUUUGCGGAAUACUUACGCUGGACAGCUAGACGCGUUCCGUUCUAACUAUAUCAUCUAUUUCAACUAAAAACAACAUAGAACAGAAAAAUAUUAGCCUAACCUAAAAAUCCGGAAAUUGUAAUAAGUUUGAAGUGAAACGAACUCAUAUAGUGGCAGUAACCGCAAUGCGUACAUAGGACAUUGAAAGUAUUCUCUUGUUUAUUUCUUUCUUUUUUCUCCAUGCAUAACAUUUUUGUUGGCUGUGAAUCAAUUGACAUCGUCUACAUUUCGCGACGAUAUAAACAAUUUUGUGUUUGAGACACCAGACAUUAUGUUACAACAAGAAGUUUAAAAGACUUGUGAAAAAUAAGAACGUUUACCGAGUUGGAUCCGCGUAUGAGAAAAUUUCGCUAAAAGCUUUUCUUUUGCGAAAGUUCUUCAAACUGAAAAAAAAUGCAGUGAUAGCUUCCGAUUCAAGACUUCUCUAGAUGCAAAGAAUUUUUUUUUGCAGCUAAGAGAAAUAUUCUAAAGUUUUUAAGUGCUUUUCGUAGAAAAGUUUAUAUUUUCCAUUUUCCGUGUGUGUUGUUCUACUUAUAUACUUGUUUGUUUCGACUCUCUUUUUUAUUCUUAAUUUUCUCGUGUUUCUUACGUUUGUGCACACGAUUUUCGUAUACAAAAAAUUUAUGUGAAAUUUGCUUCUCGAGCGUAUAAGAAUUCGAUUCACUAAUUUAAAGCAAAAAAUACGCGAAAGACGAUACGGCUAAAAUAUAAAUGGGAAAAUGCACAUUAUCGCACACCGAGCUGCAAUAUAAUACACACACGGGCAUAUAAGUACUUAAAUGGCGAAAAUUAUGUGUUGUUUAUAAAAGCUUUUCUCCGGAAAUAACAAAAAUUGGAUAAUUUACAAGUGAAAAGGGUGGUUUCGGUUGCGCUCUAAGGUAACCAAAAAAGGCAGUAAUAUCAUAUCAACCACCACUACCACCCCCGAGUCAUGGCAGAACUUUGCGAUCAGGUGUUACCACAGACAGUUCACAGCACCGAAUGUUAUUCGCUGAGAAUGUGUUCAUAAAAUUGUGCGAAAUUGUGUAAGUUAACUUUAACACCCCAAUUUAUUUCUCCGGUGCAAAAUAUAUGUUACCUAACAUUUGUGAAAUAUAAUAAUGGAAGAAACAAAAAUGAAAUAGAACGCGUAACCGAAAAUAAUGUUGGUAAUUUUAAUAAAAUUAAUAAUAAAGAACAUAACAAGGAAAAGUCAAAUUUCCGAAUGAUUCAUUUUUGGUGAAAUGUGAACUUUUUGUUGAACCGAAAAAAAAUUUACGAAAAAAAAGUGAAAAUGUUAUUACACCGAAAAAUGUGAGAGAUAUGGUACACGAAAAUAAUAAUUUUAUAAUGAAAGAAAUGUGAAAUGUUAAUAUUUCAUGUGAUCUAGAGUAAUUUGUAGUGAGAUGCUGAACAAAAAUUUCAUUUUCAUAAGAAUUUUCAUUCUUUUUGCUGGUUUAAAUGAUUUGACAAGCGGAGGCUUCCAGGGACCAAUCGAUGGCGGAUAUAAUUCUUUAACAGAUGCUGGUACAACAACACUGUACAGUUUAACGGCGAAAUGGAGUGAGCCGUAUUUCGAUGCAAUGAUACAAAAGAAUGUUACGGCUUUGGUUGGUAAAUCGGCUUAUUUGAGCUGUAAAGUCAGAAAUUUGGGCAAUAAAACGGUUUCAUGGAUCCGUCAUCGAGAUGUGCAUAUAUUAACUGUGGGCAGUUACACGUAUACGUCAGAUCAACGAUUCCAAGCCACCUACCACAAAGACACGGAUGAUUGGACAUUGCAAAUAAAAUGGGCACAGAAACGUGACGCUGGAAUGUAUGAAUGCCAGAUAUCUACAGUACCGAUCCGUAGUUUUUUCGUUAAUUUAAACGUUGUUGUUCCAACUGCAGCAAUUUUAGGAUCACCCGACCUACAUGUGGACAAAGGCAGUACGAUUAAUUUAACAUGUGCUGUCAAAUACAGUCCAGAGCCGCCCGCAUACAUUUUUUGGUAUCAUCACGAUGAGGUGAUUAGCUAUGAUUCAACAAGAGGAGGCGUAUCCGUAAUCACUGAGAAGGGUGAUGUGACAACAUCGUAUUUACUUAUACAAAACGCUGAUCUAGCAGAUUCUGGUCGGUAUUCGUGUUCACCAUCAAAUGCAGACGUAGCUAGUGUGAGAGUGCACGUUUUAAAUGUUCGUCCGGUUAUUUCAGGCGAACAUCCAGAAGCGAUGCACACCAAUUCAUCGAUUAGCCGGCAUAUUGACUCGAAUCGAACAAGUAUAAUGGUGCUUCUACUAUGGUUUUCGUUAGUUUUUUCUAUGUAUCAAAGACAAUUGUUUUUUAAAUGUGAACGGUGAUAAUAAGUAAGUUAAAAUUUAAGUGAUACCGACGUGAAUAAGAAGAAGAUGAUAAGAUGAAAUUAUAAACAAGAAAAUUGUAAUUGAAUUUAUAAAUUUUAUGAUGAAAAAUGUUUAUGAAACCAACCCAAAAAAAAUAAAUAAGUAAAUUGCUGUAACAACUAAAAGUGUAAUAAAAAAGUAA